UGGCGGCGGCGGCGGCGGCGGCGACGCGCGCGCCCAGCCCACCCCCCGCGCCGCCGCCGCCCGGACAAUAAACAGCCGCGCGCGGGGCGAUGCCCGAGCCGGUGCCGGCGCCCCCGCGCAGCGCAGCCCGGGCCGCCAGGCCUUAGGUGGCCCCCAAAGCCCAGGCCCCGCCGGGGGGCCCCCCCCGAGACCCCCACCCACGCGCCCCGCGCCCCGCAUCUGCGACCCACCCGGACCUCGGCGGGGAGAUGGAGGUCCUGGUGGCAGAAACCACGUCACAGCAGGAGCGGCUGCAGGCCAUUGCGGAGAAGCGGAAGCGGCAGGCGGAGAUUGAGAACAAGCGGCGGCAGCUGGACGAGGACCGGCGGCGGCUGCAGCAUCUGAAGUCCAAGGCGCUGCGGGAGCGUUGGCUGCUGGAGGGGACCCCGCCGUCCACCACAGAUGGGGACUCGGACAUGCGCAAACAGAUGCAGGAGGAUGAGCAGAAGGCGAAGCUGCUGGAGGGCUCCAUCUGCAGGCUGGAGAAGGAGAUUGAGGUGCUGGAGAACGGAGACGUGGCCCCGGCUGCCACCCCCAAGGAGAACACGGCCGCCCCCAGCCCGACCCGGGCAGCCCCCAGCCCUGCCAAGGACACAGAGAAGAUGGUGAAUUCUCAACAGACUCCCGCGGGCACGCCCAAAGAGAAGCGGGUCUCCAACACCCCCUUGCGAACGGGUGAAGGCUCCAACCGGAUGAAGGCAGCCAUGUACUCGGUGGAAAUCACGGUGGAGAAGGACAAAGUGACCGGGGAAACCCGGGUGCUGUCCAGUACGACUUUGCUCCCCCAGGAGCCACGCCCCCAGGGCGUCAAGGUGUAUGAGGACGAAAUGAAAGUGGUCCACGCCGUGGACGGCGCCACGGAGAACGGGAUCCAGCCGCUCAGCUCCUCGGAGGUGGACGAGCUGAUCCACAAGGCGGACGAGGUGACCACGCAGGGCGAGGCGGACGCGCGGGGCUCGCCCCGGGCCCCCGCGGCGCGGACCACCACCCCGGCGGCGCGGCGCGAGAUCACGGGCGUGCAGACGCAGCCCGGGGAGGUCGCGGCGGGGCCGCCGGGCCAGGAGCCCCCCGUGACGAUGAUCUUCAUGGGCUACCAGAACGUGGAGGACGAGGCGGAGACCAAGAAGGUCCUGGGCCUGCAGGACACCAUCACGGCCGAGCUGGUGGUCAUCGACGACGCGGCGGCGGCCAAGGAGCCCCCCGACGCGGUGGCGCCCCCUAACGGCAGCGCCGCCCCCGCGGAGACCCCCGCGGCCGCCGCCGCCGCCCCGGGCGCCCGGGAGGAGCCAGCGGCGCAGGAGGGGCCGGGGGGCGGCGGCGGGGGCGACCCCCAGGACCUGGACAUGAAGAAGCAGCGUUGCAAGUGCUGCUCGGUGAUGUGAGGUGCCCGGACCCCCGAUCCCCGCCCUCCGAUCCGCCCACAGAUCCCACCAGCUCGGCGCCCGCCCACCCCACCCACCGCCUCGGGACCCGCCGCCGCCGCCGCCGCCGC